GUUAACAAUAAAGGGAGGUUUUGUAUAAAAAGAGCAAGUAGCAUUUGGAAAAGCAUCACUUCACUCAACGUCUCACAGUAGCAAAAGAGAAAAGCGAUGACCCGCUACUUGGCUAGUGCGCUCCUAGUGGCGGCCUUGGUCCUUAAUGGCCAGGCUGCACCACAAGUCAGACCACUCCUUCCUGAAGAAACGGUCCCAGGCAAAGUCACAAGACCCUUAGUAGAAGAGGAAGUUGCCCAGUCGCCUUGCAUCAUUGUUUCCCCCGAAGUGAUCCCUGGAGUCAUUUUACGCCCUGAGACCAGACCCCUGGAGCGCCCUGCUUUCACCCCUGAGCUUCUGCCCGGAGUUGUCGCUCGCCCUGAGACCAGGCCCCUGGAGCGCCCCGUGUUCACUCCUGAGCUUCUGCCCGGAGUUGUCGCCCGUCCUGAGACCAGGCCCCUGGAGCGCCCUGCUUUCACCCCUGAGCUUCUGCCCGGAGUUGUCGCCCGCCCUGAGACCAGGCCCUUGGAGCGCCCUGCUUUCACCCCUGAGCUUCUGCCCGGAGUUGUCGCUCGCCCUGAGACCAGACCCCUGGAGCGCCCUGCUUUCACCCCUGAGGUGAUCCCUGGAGUCAUUGCCCGCCCUGUGACCAGGCCCUUGGAGCGCCCUGCUUUCACCCCUGAGCUUCUGCCCGGAGUUGUCGCGCGCCCUGAGACCAGGCCAUUGGAACGCCCUGCUUUCACCCCUGAGUUUCUGCCCGGAGUUGUCGCUCGCCCUGAAACCAGGCCAUUGGAACGCCCCGUGUACACCCCUGAGUUUCUGCCCGGAGUUGUUGCCCGCCCUGAGACCAGGCCCCUGGAGCGCCCCGUGUUCACCCCUGAGCUUCUGCCCGGAGUUGUCGCUCGCCCUGAGACCAGGCCUCUUGAGCGCCCUGCUUUCACCCCUGAAGUGAUCCCUGGAGUCAUUGUCCGCCCUGAGACCAGGCCCUUGGAGCGCCCUGCUUUCACCCCUGAGCUUCUGCCCGGAGUUGUCGCCCGCCCUGAGACCAGACCAUUGGAACGCCCCGUAUACACCCCUGAGUUUCUGCCCGGAGUUGUAGCCCGCCCUGAGACCAGGCCUCUGGAGCGCCCUGUGUUCACCCCUGAGCUUCUGCCCGGAGUUGUCGCCCGCCCUGAGACCAGGCCAUUGGAACGCCCCGUGUACACCCCUGAGUUUCUGCCCGGAGUUGUCGCCCGCCCUGAGACCAGGCCAUUGGAACGCCCCGUGUACACCCCUGAGUUUCUGCCCGGAGUUGUCGCCCGCCCUGAGACCAGGCCCCUGGAGCGCCCCGUGUUCACCCCUGAGCUUCUGCCCGGAGUUGUCGCCCGCCCUGAGACCAGGCCUCUUGAGCGCCCUGCUUUCACCCCUGAAGUGAUCCCUGGAGUCAUUGUCCGCCCUGAGACCAGGCCUCUUGAGCGCCCCGAGUUCGCCCCUGAGCUUCUGCCCGGAGUUGUCGCUCGCCCUGAGACCAGGCCCCUGGAGCGCCCUACCUUCACCCCUGAAGUGAUCCCUGGAGUCAUUGUCCGCCCUGAGACCAGGCCUCUUGAGCGCCCCGAGUUCGCCCCUGAGCUUCUGCCCGGAGUUGUCGCUCGCCCUGAGACCAGGCCCCUGGAGCGCCCUACCUUCACCCCUGAAGUGAUCCCUGGAGUCAUUGUCCGCCCUGAGACCAGGCCUCUUGAGCGCCCCGAGUUCGCCCCUGAGCUUCUGCCCGGAGUUGUCGCCCGCCCUGAGACCAGGCCCCUGGAGCGCCCUGCUUUCACCCCUGAAGUGAUCCCCGGAGUCAUCGCCCGCCCUGAGACCAGGCCCUUGGAGCGCCCUGUUGCCACACCUGAGGCUGGACCAAUUUUCGUCGGAAGACCCAUCCUCCGCCCUUUCUACGUUUAAAGCACCUGAGACGACUCUUUUAAGCAAUAAUGUUUUGAGCAAAUGGUCGAAUAAUCUGUUUUGUUAAAAGAUUUACUGAUAAAAAUCUCUGCAAUAAAGGAUACAAAUUACGAGCAUAUUAAAACAA